AGUGGUACCCUAGCUGUCUUCCUCACACGAAGCCGGGCAAGUACAAGUCUAGAAAGAGCGUGGACUGACAGCUCCUCCGAUCCACUCGCGUCACCGUCGAGACAAAGGAAGCGCCGUGCGCGAGAGGGCGGUCAAGAGAUGGGCAGCGUUGGCGGUGGCUCGCCGGAACAUGGCCAGCAUGCCGCGGCGCCGGUGUGCGUGUCGGGCGCCACCGGCUACGUCGGCUCGUGGCUGGUCCGCACGCUGCUGCGGCGGGGCCGCCGCGUCCACGCCACGGCGAGGGAUCCAGCCAAGGCGUGGCGGACGCUGUCGGCGGUGGAGGGGACGGAGCGGCUGAGGGUGUUCCGGGCGGACAUGGCCGAGGAAGGGAGCUUCGACGACGCCGUGAGCGGCUGCGCCGCGCUCUUCCACGUCGCCGCCUCCAUGGACCUCCACCUAGCGCCCGACCAGCACCACGUCGAGGAGCGGGCGAGGUCGCAGGUGCUGGAGCCGGCGACGCGGGGCAUCAUCAACGUGCUUCGGUCCUGCGUCCGCGCCGGGACCGUCCGCCGGGUCAUCUUCACCUCCUCCGUCAGCACCUUGUCUUCCGCGGCGGCGGCGGGCGCGGAGGAGGGGGUCGUCGACGAGUCAUGCCUCCGAGACCUCGACGACGUCUGGGCCACCAAGCCCAUCGGCUGGGUCUACAUCCUGUCGAAGCGGCUGGCGGAGGAGGCGGCGUUCUCGUUCGCGCGAGACAACGGCAUCCACCUCGUCUCCAUCGUGCUGCCCACCGUCGCCGGCCCGUUCCUGACGCCGGCCGUGCCCACCAGCGUGCAGCUCCUCCUCUCCCCCGUAACACGAGACCCGAAGCUGCACGCGCUGCUGGCGUCGGUGCACGCGAGGUUCGGGUGCGUGCCGCUGGCGCACGUCCAGGACGCCUGCGACGCGCACGUCUUCCUCAUGGACGCGCCGGCCGCCGAGGGGCGGUACCUGUGCGCCGGCGGGAGCCGCGGGAUGGCCCAGAUCGCCCGGCUCCUCUCCUCGCACUAUCCACCGUUCAAGCCAGCAGAACGGCAAGCAAUCGAGCUAUGGUUUUUCACGUGUUUUUCGAUUUUUUUCUGUGAUCUGAUUCUUGGAAAGUUUUGAUGCAGAGCGAGCGAGGAAUUCGAUGGUUCCAGCCCGUCCGUGGUGUCGUCCAAGAGGCUGCUGGAUAUGGGGUUCAGGUUCCAGCACGACGUGGAGGAUGUCUUCAGGGACACUGUUGCGCAGUGUGUUGACCAUGGCUUCUUGGAGCAGCCUGAUGAUGGCUGUGAUUAAUGGGGUUUUAGCAUAACCGCAUAAGUCGAAUAAGGCUGCUUCCGCUGGGAACUGGGAUGAGUAUUGAGUUGGGAAGGCUCGAUUAUCGAUUUGUUGACCAUAUUUGAGGCAAACUGAAAUAAACUUAUUCAAAUAUUUUGAAGUA